AUGGCUCUCCAGAAGACCCUUUCAUGGCUUCUGCUCUUGCUGCUGACCCUGCUGGGGCUGAGGCUGGUGCAGCCCUCCUAUGGCCAGAACAUGUACCAACGAUUCCUGGGGCAACAUGUGGACCCUACAGUGACAGGUGGCAACAACUUGUACUGCAACAACACGAUGAAAACUCAGUUUAGUUGCAAGCGAUUCAACACUUUCAUCCAUGAAAACAUCGGGACCAUUAUUAGCAUCUGCAGCACCACCAAUAUCCAGUGCAAGAAUGGCAAGAUGAACUGCCAUGCUGGUGUAGUGAAAGUCACAGACUGCGCAAUUAUGGGACGUACCCUGCCCCCCAAAUGCAAUUAUCAGGCCAAGGCCAGCACUAGGCGUGUUGUCAUUGCCUGUGAGGGUAACCCCCUGGUGCCUGUGCACUUUGACAGAUAG